AUGAGCGGCCGGAGUCGGGGUCGGAAGUCGGCCCGCGCCAAGGGCCGGGGCAAGGGCCGCAACAGAGGCCGCGCCCGCCCCGCGCCGGCCGCCCCGGCCGCCCGGGCCGCCCCCGCCGCCGCCGCCGCCGACGCCGCCGCCUCCCGCGGGCCCGACGCGCCUCAGAGCCCCGCGCGCGCGGACGGGGAGGUGCCGGGGGCGGGCGCGGACGGCGCGGACGGCGCGGACGCCCGGCGGCCCCUGGACGGAGGCGCGGCGCCGCGGGCCCGGUGCGCGGCCGUCGGGGGCGGCUUCGCGGGCGCCAGGCCCGGCCCGGCCAAGGCCACGAGCCUGGCGGAGCGCAUGGUGGCCGACACCGUCUUCGUGGGCACGGCGGGCCUCGUGGGCAGGCCGAAGAACGGCCCCCGCGGGGGCGGCCGGCGGGGCCCCGUGGGCAGGAAGGCGCCCGAGACGCGCGGCGCGGCGGCCGCGAAGCCCCGCAGGGGCGGCCCCGGAGCCCGCGCCCCCGAGGAGAGGCCGGCCGAGCCCCCCGCGCCCGCGCCCGCGCCCGCGCCCGCCCCCGCCGCGGCCCACCACGACGUGAGCACGCUGGAGACGGUGCAGCUGAAGCUGGAGACCAUGAGCGCGCAGGCCGACCGCGCCUACCUGCGCCUCUCCCGCAAGUUCGGGCAGCUGCGCCUGCGCCACCUGGAGCGCCGCGACCGCCUCAUCCGCGGCAUCCCGGGCUUCUGGGGCCAGGCCUUCCAGAACCACCCGCAGCUCGCCGCCUUCCUCGGCCGCCGCGACCGCGAGCUGCUCGGCUACCUCAGCAGCCUGGAGGUGGAGGAGCUGGGCCUGGCGCGCCUGGGCUACAAGAUCAAGUUCCACUUCGGGAGCAACCCCUUCUUCCAGAACAAGGUGCUCAUCAAGGAGUACGGGUGCGGGCCCUCGGGCCACGUGGUGUCCCGCACCACGCCCAUCCAGUGGCUGCCCGGCCACGACCCGCAGGCCCUCCUGCAGGGCGGCCCCGAGGGCGGCGAAAGUGGCCGGGGCUUCUUCGGCUGGUUUGCCAACCACAGCCCCGUCGAGUCCGACAAGAUCGUGGAGAUCAUCAACGAGGAACUGUGGCCCAAUCCCCUGCCGUACUACCUGAGGGGCGAAGCGGCCCGGGCCGAGGGCAAGGAGGAUAAGGAGGGGGAGCAGGACCCAGCCAAGCAGCCUGCCGACCCCCCGCCCCUGCCCGGGCCCGAUGCUGCCAACUGA